AUGAAAACCUUUGUUGUUUUUGUUCUCUUUCUAAUUGGAUAUUCAUAAUAGAGUAGAUAAGAAUGUUCAUGCAAUUAAUUGUUAUCACAAGUUGAUUGUUUUAUGAGUUAAUUAAAAUGUAAUUGGAAUUCUUUUAAGAAGUAAUGUGAAUAUAAAACAUCAAAUACUUAAUCACAAGAAUAAUUUGAAAAAUAUUGUGAUCAAUUUUUAAAUGAUACUUGUAAUAAACUUAAACCUUGUGAAACUUGUGUUUCUAAUGGACCUUGUUAAUGGUAUUAAUCAAAAUGCUCUCAUUUCACUGGAUGUACAGCAUUUAAUGAAAAAGAUAACCUUAGAUGUUAAAAAAUAUCUGAAAGAUGUAUAACCAAUGGAAUUCAUUGUAUAGAAAUAGGAAUUUGUGAUUCUUAUUAAACAGAAAUAGCUUGUCAAUAAGAUAUGAAAUAGAAAUGGUGUUUUUGGGACAAGAUUACUAAUAAAUGUAGAUAUCCUUAAAAAUGUUAAGAAUUACCAAAUACAUUCACUUAAGAUUAUUAAUGCAAAUCUUAGAUAUUCAAUUGUAAAUCCACUUCCUUAGGAGGUUGUUAAGAUGUAACUAUAUUAUAUGCAUAACCUGUUAAAUCAUAUGAUCCAAAUACACCAUAAAUUCAUUGUUAAGACUUCAAAAAAGAUUCUGAAUGUAUUAUAAAUAAAGAAGGAAAUUCAUGUUUUUGGAUAAAUAAUUAAUGUUUAGAUAAAGUUUGUUCUAAUGCACCAAAUUUAUUCACAACAAAUUAAGACUGUUAAUCAUUUUUAAGUUAUUGUAUCACAAAAAAUGGGGGAGGAUGUAUGAACAAUGGAACUUGUUAGGUUGCCAAUGUAUAAUAAGCAUGUGUUAAAGAUAUAUAAGGUAUUGAUUGCUUUUGGACUGCUAAUGGUGAAUGCGUUAAUAAAACUUGUGAUCAUGCUCCCAUUACUAUAACAUCAAAUUAUGAUUGUGAUUCAUUCCUAAAAGGUUUUUGUGUUGUUAAAGAGGGUGGUGGUUGUAAAAAUAAAGAAUGUGAAGAUCUUACUGGAAGUACACAUAAAAGCUGCAAUACAUAAAGUAAAUAUUGUACAGUGGGACUCAAUUCAAAAUGUGUAAAAAUAAAGAACUGUGAAGAUACAAUGUUAGAAGAUGCUUGCAUUGAAGGUUUAAAUGGUCCAUGUUUAUGGAUUGUUAAUAAAUUCUCUAAUGAUUAAUCUUAGGGAAAAUGUUAUAGUUACAAUUCUUGUUAGAGUAUCUAAUGGAAUACAGAUAAAUAAUGUAAGUAGAUUUCAAAUUAGUGUACCACUGAUGGUAUCAAAUGUAUUCCUAUAACAUCAUGCUCAGAAACAAAUACGAAUGGGGGUUGUGUUACUGGAAAUGACGGAUUGUGCAUAUAAACUAUCACUGCACUUUAUGAAACCAAACCCGUUUGCAUGACUUUUGAAUCUUGUUCUUCAGCAUAUUAUUUAAGACAUGAAGAAUGUUAAUAAGCAAAUUAAAAGUGUACAUCUAAUGGAUUAACAGGGUGUAUACCAUUGGCUGACUGUACUGCAUAUAAAUCUUACGAGUCAUGCAAUGUGAAUAAUAAUUAUAAUCCUUGUGUUUGGAAUUCAGUUUAAUAAAUGUGCAGGGAUUCAAUUUGCUCAGAUUUUAAUUAUCAAACGCAUUAGUAAUGUUAUUAAAUUGUUACAAAUUUAAAGUUAAAAUGUACUUCUGAUGGUGUUUCAUGUUUAGCUAUAUCAAGUUGUGUCACUUAUUAAUCCUAAUAGGUUUGUAAUAAUGCAAAAGCCACAGAAGGUAGUUGUAUUUGGAAGGAAUAAGACAAAUCAUGUUAAGUAAAAUAAUGCUCAGAUAUUUCAGCCCCAAGUCCUACUAAUUGUAGUUUAGAAUUAGGUAGUUGUACAUUUGAUGGUUUUAAAUGUAUUUAAUGGCAAUUAUGUUCUGAUUAUUAGACAAAAAAUGCUUGUAAUACAAUAGGUUUGGAUGGUAUCUGUUAUUGGUCUUUAAGUGGAAAAUGUUAAUUAAUGACAUCUUGUUCAUCUGCUAAUGAGGAUGAAUAAGCUUGCCGAUAAGCAAAUUAAAAAUGUUAUUUUAAUUCAGAAAGUAAAUGUUUAGAACACACUUGCAAUACAUAUUAAAUAAUGAAGGGAACUUGUACUAAUUUUUAAUCAUGGGAUGGAAAAUCCUAAUAUUUUUGUAAAGAAAUUGAUGGGAAUUGUACCCUUAUAGAUCCAAAUAUUUUUAAUUAAUCAGAAUGUUAUAAACUUUCAAAUUAUACAUAUACUUGGAAUGAAAAAAAUUCAAAAUGUUCAGUUUGUAAUACCUAAACUAAGUCAUCUAAUAAUACUAAUAUGACAAGCAAUAACUAAAGUAGUAAUAACAAUAAUAAUAACAAUAACAAUAACAAUAAUAACAAUAAUAAUAAUAAUAAUAACAAUAAUAAUAAUAACAAUAAUAACAAUAAUAACAAUAAUAAUAAUAAUUCAUAGACGAAUGAUACAACAAGUAAUUAAUAAUAUACCAGCUCUUCCUAUUUUAUAACAUACUUUAUGUUAUUUAUUCUAAUAAUUUGA